AACCCCUGCAGCGUCUCCCCCAUCGGGACCCCGCCGCAAUCACUUGGCCCGGGGGCCGGGGCACCUGCUUCCCGCCAGAUCCACCGUCCCACAGAUUCCGAGAGGGAAGGAGGGCAAGCCAGGGAUCAAGCCACAAUCAGACGCUGGAAGGGUCGCCGAUGUGUCAAGAUGAGUGAUGCGGAAAAAGUCGACGGGGCAGAAGGCAUGAUUUUCGAAAUUCUAAAAAAGACCUUGGAUGGCACAACUGCAGCUCGUCUCGGGAAACUGAGCGUUCCUAAGCGGAAACCCAUCGAUACACCAAAUUACUAUGCCGUCGCUUCGAGGGGUGUACUUCCUCAUGUCACCCCAGAUAACUUGAAGAAACAUGCGCCCUUCAGUGGAGCGUAUAUGGCGCUCGAGGACUUCAUUGAGAAGAAGAACCCUUCAGCGCUUUCAAUACCCUCGCCAGAAAAGAAGCCACUCCAUACCUUUUCUUGCCUGCCCGAAAGCAUAGCUACGGUUCUUGCUGCCAGGAGAAACCCAGCGGUUAAGACUCCCGUGGGCAAUGGCGCAAAGUUCGUGGCCAUCUUCACCUCGACCGGCUUCAGGAACCUCUCCACCGACGAGUACUGUGCGGCUGUCGAGACGCUGAAGCCUGAUAUCGCCAUCGGCCCCGCUGAUUUGUUUCACACGAGCACGAUGCCGGCCUCAAAGAAGCUUGUUCGCAUGGCUGAGCGGACCGAGGAAUGGACCGAUGUGUUUUUGACGGCCAAGAGGCGCGAACUUUUCAAGGCGUCUGGGGUCUCGGUGUUUGCGCCUGUUCUUGCGGUGCCGUACACCGUGCAGUGGGAGUAUCUUCGCCACCUAGCAGAUGAGGUCGUCGACUCGCUUUCGGGACUUGCUCUCUACGAUGUUGAUAUCUUGCCCGAUAUUGAGGACCACCACAAAUCCCUGGAUUCUCUUCCUCGUCUGUCAUUGCACAUUCCCGAGACACCACAAGCUGUUCUCCGACAGAUUUCCCUAGGAGUCGAUAUUUGCACGAUACCAUUCAUCAACGCCAUCUCCGACGCAGGUGUAGCGCUGUCCUUCACUUUCCCUCCACCUGAAAAUCAAGGCAAUGCUACCAAGCCUCUCGGCGACGACAUGUGGGCUCCCGAAAACGAGGUGGCCAUGGAACCCCUUUCCCAAGGCUGCAAGUGCUACGCCUGCACGACACACCACAGGGCCUUCCUCCACCACCUCUUGAACGCCAAGGAGAUGCUCGGCUGGACGCUACUACAGAUUCACAACCACCAGGUGAUGGCCGACUUCUUCGCCGGUAUCCGAGCGACCCUCGCAAAGGGCGCCGCUGAGUUUGAGGAGCAGUCGCAGCGCUUCGUCGCGGCGUACGAAGCGGAGCUGCCGCAGGGCACGGGGACGAGACCGAGGGCGAGAGGCUACCACUUCAAGGGCGAGGCGAAUCCUAGCAGAAUCAACCCGCCAGCUUGGGUUGACUACGCUGCGGACGGUGAGGGCGUCGCAGCCAAGGCAAACGGGGCGGCGGUAGCAGCGGAGGGUACGGAAACGCCGCUUGUGCCCGAUCUGGGUUCGCUGGAACUUGAGGAGAAGGGGUUCGCUGAGGUCGCUGGCAAGAAGUAG